AAACUUCUCGUAAGCCCAAACCAUUAGCUCCAUUCACAAUCGGAAAUCAUAAUCGGGUUUGAUUUGUGAGUACGUAGUCAUUGAGAACCAGUCGAUUAUUAUUCAUCAUCUGAGAUGUUUCUUGCGAAACAGCUUCUUGCUUCAAGCAGAUCAGUUUUUCCCUUCCGUCAAGAGGCCGCUCAUCGGCGUGGGUUUGCUACCGCCAGUAAUAUUUUUGGAUUCCUCUUACACUGUACACAAAAGCUCCUAUUAAAUAGGAUACCUCAUACAUUAUCUAAGACCAAAACUACAGCUGAUAACGCCAUUAAAGGCGUAUCUCUAAGUUUCCCCGGAGACUACGAAAGGAAAGAAAGCGCUGAAGCCAUAACCAUAUUCCUAAAGCUUAGGGAGCAUGACUCAGUGUCUUUGCUAGCUCGGGAAAGUCUUUUCAGAAGGGCUAUGUUUUUCAAUGCUAUUGUAACCCACGAUGACCGUGUCACUAUGCGUACAUUUUACUCCAGGCAGAAUAAAUUUCGGAUGCAACAUUCACAUGAAGAAUGUUGAGGUCAUGAAUGAAGGCGUACUAUUCACUUUGAAGAAGAAGCUAUUUGCAACCUAAAGUUACUAUCUUUCAGUUCUUCUUUGUAUGCCUAUAAAUUUAAGUAUGUUGAAUGAAAUCCAUCGAAACAUAUGUUUAUUUUGUUA